UGAAAACGGUGGAACUAGGUUGUUGUACAACAUAUAUAUAUCAGUAACAUUCACGCGGCAUUUUGAGUUGUUGUUCUGGUUACUGUGUUGUUGAUUGCCAAAGUCAUGCUAUCAUCGUGGGUGCUCAAAGAGACUAAUGCCAAACCUGAGGAUUUGGCAAACAUCGCCAGAUUGGCAGAGCAAGCAGAGCGCUAUGACGAUAUGGCAGCUGCUAUGAAGCUUUAUACUGAGAAGAAGGAGCGGUUGGAAAAUGAGGAACGUAAUUUACUAUCUGUGGCGUACAAAAAUGUUGUUGGAGCCAGACGAUCUGCAUGGAGGGUGAUUUCAGCAAGCGAAGCCAAAGCAGCCAGCCACCCUAGACGUAAGCAAAUUGCCGAGGAGUGUCGAAUUAAAAUGGAAGAGGAGCUGAACGAGAUAUGCAAGGAGGUUUUGACAUUAAUAGAGAAGUAUUUAAUGCCAAAUGCGGAUAGUGAUGAAAGCAAGGUAUUCUACAAAAAGAUGGAAGGUGAUUAUUACCGUUACCUUGCUGAAGUCAAGCCUGUUGAUAAACGAGAAGUUGAGGUUACUAAGUCCCUAAAUGCUUAUAAAAUGGCCACUGAAAUAGCCAACGAGAAGCUUCCUACUACUCACCCUAUUCGCCUCGGUUUGGCUCUCAACUUUUCAGUCUUCUACUAUGAGAUAAUGAAUAGCUGUGACAAAGCUUGUACUCUUGCACGCGAAGCUUUUGAUGCGGCGAUUGCAGAACUAGAUCAGCUGCAAGAUGAAUCGUACAAAGAUAGCACACUUAUAAUGCAACUGCUGAGAGAUAACUUAACGGUAAGGAGUGUCUCUAUUUACAAAUCUAAUAUUUUAAUUAGUUAUGGGCCACUGAUGCUCAAUGUGCAGACGAAGUGGAGGCCGGUGACAGCUGAAUUUCGCCAUGUAUAAAUCACACUAGCCGUCAUAUUAUACAAGAUCUUUAUUUGACACCUUGAUUGAACUUCUGUUAUUUUAUUUUGGAAGUAGCGCGAUUCUUUGAAGUACCUGACGAGUGAUAGGUGUGAUCUGUGUUAAGUUAUCGAGUUUCUUUAACGACUGUUGUUUGGAUUGGCUUGCUAACCGUCUGUUUCCUUUGAAGUGAAAGGACAAGGGAACGGGAGAUACUUUUUUUUCAGUGUUAUUCAUGUCGUUGGAUUUUCUCUGCAUAAAGGAGAAGUUUCUGUUGGAUUACUAGUUCUGCGGUGUGUGUCCACUUAAUUGAAGAAAGACAUGAACUACAUGCCUAGCGUAUUGCCAAUUGACAUUGUGUGGCUAACGUUGAAACUAGCCUGUGAUGUCAGGUGUCUGCUUCACGAUGAGUAUGUGCAAGUCAAUGGCGGUCUCAUUGUGCGCAACAUGGAUCAAACCUAAUAGGAAUAGACCAUGGUGGUGCGUUUCAUAAAAUGUAGGAGGGCUAUAUUCUUAUCACCCAACAUUUAUGGACUGUGAGGUCUUUAGUUUCAUGAUAGCACAUCCGAAGGCUUCUUCGCAUUCACGUUGUACUGGGUAGGUUGUCUUAGACUAAUUCCAACGUAUUAAAUUGUAGAAGAGUGCACUGGUUACAUAUUCGACAGCAGCUUGUGAAUGGGGAAAAUUGCAUUGAUGUUUGGGUAGGAAUGUUUAGUAGGAGUUGGGAAGCGGAUAGCUGAUGGUGGGAAUGUGCAGCGUUUCUUAGACCACAGAUUUGAUGGAUUUGCGAGGCUGGAUUUUAUCAUCAUUGGUUGGUGCCUGAAUCCACCGUUUGACUUUUGAGACGUUGCUGGGUUUUGGAAUGCAUGUUGGUUGAUGUCGAAUUGAGGUUUUUAGUACAUUUGUCUGUUUACCCGAUUUCACUUUAUUGUUUAUCUGUGGCUUAGUGUUCCUUACUAUGUACAUUAGCGAAGUUAGUGCAGGAUACUGUGCAAAGGAGGUGGUGGGUUAGUAGAUAAGGUUUUGAACUGUUGUCUACUGGGGUAGUUCGAACAGACAAAAUCGACGUAGAACGUCGCACUGAAAUGCAUCUGUUCACGUUGUAACAAUUCACUGUAGCAUAUAGAGAAAAAGUGAUAUCAAAGUUGUGAGAGAGCACGGAGGUUAGUAGAUGUAUUCAAGGUGUAGAAGGCGUUAAAGAGCGAAUGCAUGUACACUAUUGUGACUGAUUCUCAAGCAUGUGUCACCAAGGGUCCUUAUUGUCUCGGGAUCCUCAACCAAGUUGUCUGCAUCUACAAGACGGUUGAGAUCUGUAGUUAAAGUCUGGAUGAACUGGACACCGUGAACUCUUCCAACCUAAUCUAACUGGUAAGACGUAUUGAGUAGGCGGUGACUGAGCAUGCGGAGUAGGAUUAUUGGACAUUCUGAGCCACUGUAUAUCUUGGUGUAUGUCGUGUUAGCUGAGAUUUUAUUGUGCUGGAGGAAUUGUAUGAGUGAUUUAAUAGGGACAGUCGAUGGAGUCUGUGAGUUAUUGUGGGAAGUGUAGACUAUCAGCUGGGUGUUCUAGGUUGAGACUGUGCAGAAAGGUUAGCAGCCCAUCUUCAGAGGUUUUGACAUCUUGAAUUCCUUCCAUGCUCUCGUGUAUUUGAACAUGGUGUUUUCUUUACAGUUGUCCUCUGCAUGAUGGUGUAUUGUGGCAAUGUGGGCUAGUGCGUUUGUUUCCCAGACCCUACUCUGUUUGUUCUGUCUGCGUGUUCGUAAGUCCGGUUGGAUGUAGCUGGGUUGGAAAUUAUGUAGACAUAUUAAGCGCUUUUUUUUGGCUACUAGCUUACGAGGUGACAGUCUAGUUGUAGUCAUAGUUUCAGCAGUAAGCAAUUUAGUAUCAAGUGAUAGGAUGUUUGACCAGGGAGUAUUCGAUGACUGAGUCCCAAUCAUCUUAGUAUUGUGGUUUGGACGUUGGGUGUGUUGAGGGGGUGUGAAUUUCAUAGGGUCUUAUGCUGUCCAUUCACCAUCGACAACAUUCUGGAGACAACCCAGCGUGGUGGUAAUGUAAACCUGUUUGCAAGUGGAGGACUGAAUUCUUAAGCAUGUGGAGGUUAUGGUUUUUCUGUGCAGCAACAUGUUGGUUACUCAUGUUGCAAUCAAUCAGUGGUGAUCAGCCUCUGUGUGGUGAUUACUUCACGCCAUCGAGGGAUAAGGUGGUUCUACAAAAUUAGCAGAAGUACAUGCUUGCAGUCAUCCUUGGUGGUAAGUUACUGGGAGUUAUCGAGAAGCUUGUAAGUCAGGAUAGUUAUGUGAGUAUUGGUGGUGUCACUUGUGAUAUAUCUACCUCUAAUUUGACUUUUCUUAGCUGGGGUUGUGCGACUAUUACGCGUUUUCUCCGCAGGGUUGCUCCCUUCUUGUUUAGACAGCAUUAAAUUAAUUGAUACUAAGACUAGGCGGCGUGUGGACUAUGAUGGCUUAGAUGAGUCACCAGUUGUUAUUGGUGGUCCGGAAGCACAGGACCUGUGUCCGAGCACACCUAUAAUACAGGCCAGUUUUCGUGGUAUCAAAAAUGCGGUACAUGACCAGCCUGUAGCAGAUAACCCAUGGGCUUUGCGUGAAGAGAUUGGCUUUCACGGGAAGUGUCAACUGUGUCAGCGCUCGUUCUCCCAGACUACUAUGUACCUCUCUCAUGUUUACCUUCUUAUUUUCCAUCAAGUCUCUCGGUUAACAAUCCUACAUCAUCUGCAGUUCCUUUUUGCUCUGCUGGUUUCGACGAUGAUCUUCGUGCACAGAACAGCGUCACUGGUCUCGUCAAACCACGUUCUAAACUACACAUUGGAACCUUCAGUGUGCGCACCCUUCAGGAAAUUGGCCAACAAGCUUCACUAGCUGAAAGAGCACUUUGGUCCUGUAUGCGUGUUUCACGAACACAGCACACAGGACCCAAGUAGUGUUAUUCACUUAACCUCUCUGGGCUGAUAUGGCGAAUCUGCGUAAUUGGCCUUUCGAGUUUCUGUAGGUUCGAUGGCCUGCUCUCGUGGUCUUGUAGGUGUAGGGGAUAGCGUUAGGUCAGAAAGCUGACUAGUUAACCGGAUCCCAGUUGACGGUUGCCUAUGUGCUGUCCGGCUGGAUGGCACAGUGAAGAUUAUAAGGAACAAUAAGACUGGCCGUUGUCUCUUUGUAAUCUUUGCUCACGCACCCACUGACUACAGUUCAGAUGAAGUGAAGCCUGAGUUCUACCGGUAACUGUCUAGCCUCCUUCUGAAAGGCAAGUGUUGAUAUGUGGUUGUUGUUGCAGGGGAUUUCAAGACCAACACGUGUGCUGCUCGACAAUGUGAGCACUGAGACGGCUUUCAGUGAGAAACUGGCCAGGCAGUUAUCGGAUCAGGACACUCACUCAUCGAGAAGAAGCUAGGUGCCAUCUCCAGUCUGGUGUAAAGAUAGUAUUGAAGAUCGUAGCCGACUAUGAAAGAGUGGUUAAAAAGAGCCAGUGUAUAUCAGAAGCUUCUGAAUUAAUGGAUGCAGGCUUUGAGUGGAAUGAGGAGUGAACGUAACUCAAAUGUAGACUGCAAUAGGUCUACGAAAUGACUGCGAAGAAUUCCGAGGAGCGAAGGUUAAAGAGAUGAGAAAGGCAGCGGCCAUAGGUAACAGUAGACAAUUAUUUGUACUGUUUAAGGAAACUUGGGCGCACAGGUGAAUGGUUAAUGAGACUAUAGAGAAGAAAAAUGGGUUUGGGAUUCACUGAAGAGAGACGACUGGAGUGAUGGGUGGAACACUUCGAGGAGGAGUUAAACUAGCCUGCAGGUACUACUUCGUUGCCCACUAUCCAGUUUGUUCGUGAGUUGAAUAUUGAGAUAGGCUCCCAACACUUGCAGAUGUCGAGAAAGCGGUAGGCAACUUGGAACGAGUAAGGGCUGCAGGUCCAGACAGACCAGUUCCUGAGUUAUGUAAGGAUGGUGGUAGAGUGGUUUCAGUCAAGUUAACUAGUGUACGGUGGUCAAACAUGAUCCCCUCUGACUGGUCUCAAUUACUGAUUGUCGCAGUCUUCAAGAAGGGCGAGAAGUUAUCUUGUGAUAACCACAGAGGAAUCAGCCUGCCUGAUGAACAUGGUGUCUAAGAUUAUAGGUUCUGUGAUCAUUAGAUGCGUGGCCCGAGUAGAACUUACGCCAGUUUCUUACUGGAAGGAGUACCGAGUAAGUAGAUCACCCUGUUGAAGGUUUUAUAGUGGAACACCGUGGGCGUGUUAGAGCCUAUGGUGAGAUAUCGAGUGGUGUCCACUGUCACCAUUCUUAUUCAGUUUUAUCAUAGAUGUUCUUAUGGAGGACUGCCUCUUGUCAUCUGACGAUACAGGGAUUGAUCUGAUGGCAGGAGAAUUUUUGGUGGACCUACAAAGCGUAGAUGACAUAGUCGUGUUAGGUGAAGAUGCCGACAGGAUGCAGAGUCUUCCCGACACCUUGAGUAGGGAUUUGAGAAUGUUUGGGAUGCGUUUCUCGCCGUCCGAGUGCAAAUUGUUGCUCCAAAACUGGUCUUCAUCAAUAUCGCGUCUAACAAUAGAGAGCUCAAGGCGGCCAAACUAAAACAUGGGAUCAAUGCAUGAAGUCCUUGACUAUUCGUUUCAGUCAUACAGUGCGUUGCAGACUAACCGGUUGGGGAUCGUGGGACAAGAGUAACCAGCGGUUGGAGACUGUAUGUGGUAUGGCUGAGAGCCGAUGUCAAUGGCGCAGAUGCAUACAAACAUUAUCCUCAUCUUAAUCGACGUACUUGAUCUCAUUAUCUCAUUCUUACCUAUUUUUUACUACUGUUGACUGGUUUUACUGCCUUGUUACUUGACGUUGACGUGCUGAUAUGAGAUGUGGCAACUUGGACCGUUACGCAGUAAUUCCUGGUCCUAUGUUGUUCUUGAUGAUGGUGAUGAUAGAGGAUGUGAUGGAGUUCGUCAUUCAUUGAAUAUAGUCAUCUUGAAACGUGGGUUUCGGUGGUUCGGAGAUGUUAUGCAAGCCCUCCUAGUAGUUAUUACAGCACUGGGAAUAGUGGAGAGGUGGGCAGUGGAUAAGGUAGCACCGUGAGGUGAACGAUAAUUGUGGUUGGUUUGCAAGAUCCUCAUGACUCCAUCAAUGGGUUCUGAGGGAUCAUGCGACUCAGUGGGUUGAGGCAAUAGCAGACUUGGCUCGGAAUCGAG